AUGUCAACUAAUAAUGUGCUUAAAAAUGGAGAAGAUUGUUGGAAUGUGAUGGCAAGUGGUCACGAUGAUAUGUACACUGUAAAUAAAUUGAAAAACUCCUGUGAUUGCCAAAUUGUUUGUGAUGAAUGCAAAACUUGUAUUCAUUGUUUUUCAUGUACAUGUAUAGAUAGUGCAAUUAAAUGGAAUUUUUGUAAACAUAUUCAUUUGGUUUGCCUAUCUGAAAGAUCACAAGUAAGUAAGAUCACUAAUAGUUAUACAAAAAACCUAAGUUUGGAAGACAAUAAUAAAAAAAAUGAGACUGUUAGUAUUGUAUCUCAACUGAAUAAUACAGAAGUAAUACAUGAAGUAGACAAUUUAGAAUAUGAAAAACAAAAAUUUAAAAACAUAUUCAAUACAAUGUUACAUACUGUUUCAAGUUUAGAAGAACUUGAUUACCGAACAAAAAUUUAUCUGAAGUAUAAAUUACUUAAAAUGAGGAAAAAGUCCAAGAGAUCUUCUCCAAAUGUGAUUUAUAAAGAUCGAUUUAUAUUUGGAGAAUUCCAUCAACUGUAUCCACAAUUACGAAGAGAUAAAAUAAUGUUUCGUGCAUACACUAGAAUGACUACAGACACAUUUGACUACAUUGCUCAACAUAUAACACCACUUUGUCAAAGAGAGUACACAAAUUUUCAAGAUCCAAUCUCUGUUGAAGAACGACUGUUGAUUACUAUUAGGAAUUCUCGUAUCGGAAUUUUAUUGCUCCGUGCUCGAGAAGAACUAUUGAAAAUCCAAGAAAAAGGUGAAAAUGAUAUAAAAUUUACCUUUAAAGUCAGUGAUUUUCAUAUUAAUGUUAGUGGUACACAGCGUCAAAAAGUUAAGACAGCAGCCCAACUUUUCUCCAGGAAAGUAUCAAAAGCAAUAGAAUAUUAUGGGUUCAAUAACAAAUUUGACAUAUCAAAUUGGAAAGAAGCUACAGAAACUAUCCUUCUGGUCAAUGAUUGGUUUGACUUACUCAACAGCCGAAAUAUGGUUGGAGAUAACUCUAUGGCAUAUGGUAAGAGUAUUGUAGAUCAAAACAAUUUAUUGGAUAGAAUGGAUACAUUUAUUCUGUCAAUGCGGGUACACGGAAAAAAUCCUUAA